AUGGUGCUCGCACCAAAGACAUACCAGUUCCUCGUGAGCGUCUUCGCCUCCGUCGGUUCGAUCCUAUAUGGUUACGAUCUCGGUGUGAUCGCCGAGGUCAUUUCCUGCCAGCCUUUCAAAGAUGACUUCAACAACCCGAGCUCAGUCGACACAGGAGUUGUCGUCUCGCUUUUCACCGGAGGUGCCUUCUUCGGCGCCUUCUUCGCCGGACCCGCCGGUGAUCGCCUAGGUAGACGAUGGACCAUCUUUCUCGGAUCAAUAAUCUUCAUCAUCGGUGGUGUCUUCCAGACUGCUGCCAAGACCAUCCACUGGAUGUGGGGCGGUCGAGCCAUCGCUGGUCUGGGAGUCGGCUUCUUGGUGAUGAUCAUCCCGGUAUAUCAGGGUGAAAUUGCCCACCCCAGCAUCAGGGGACGGGUGACUGCUCUACAACAGUUCAUGCUUGGAAUCGGUUCAUUCAUCGCCGGAUGGCUCAGCUACGGCACCUACAGCAUCCCGAGCUCGGCAGCUUACAGGAUCCCAUUGGGUAUCCAGAUCCUCCCAGCCGUCGUCCUCGCCGCCCUCAUUCUCUUCUUCCCGGAGAGCCCUCGUUGGCUCAUCGACCAUGGCCGCGGAGAACUGGGCCUGCACACACUUGCAAAGCUGCACUCCAACGGCAACAUUGAGGACCCAUGGGUCAAGGCCGAGUUCUCCCAGAUCGAAGAGGCAAUCGGUUUCGACCGUGAGCACGAGGCUAAGAGCUACAUGGAGCUGAUCAGGACUCGGUCCUCCUUCCGCCGGCUCCUCAUCGGAUGCUCCCUCCAGGGCGCCUGCCAGAUGACCGGUGUUUCAGCAAUCCAGUACUUCAGUGUCAACAUCUAUGGGCAGGUCGGCAUCGGCGGGCAGGAUACGCUCAAGUACCAGGCCAUCAACAACAUCCUGGCGCUGCUGGCGCAGGCGUCGUGUGUGCUUUUCAUCGACCGUGUCGGCCGUCGCUGGCCACUCAUCUGCGGCAACCUCUUCAACUGUGCCAUGUUCACCAUCGCCACGAUUCUGAUCGCCCUGUUCCCGGGCGGAGGCGCCGGCUGGGGAUUCAUCGUCGUGACGUGGCUGUACAACAUCUCCUUCUCGGCGACGUGCGGCCCGCUCAGCUGGAUCAUCCCGGCCGAGAUCUUCGACACGCACACGCGGUCCAAGGGCGUCUCAAUCGCCACCAUGGUCUCGUUCGCCUUCAACACCAUGAUCGCCCAGGUCACCGACCUCGCCAUCAAGGACGUCGGCUGGCGCUACUAUCUGCUCUUCGUCAUCUGCAACUUCACCAACGCCCUCUGGUUCUGGCUCAGCCUGCCCGAGACCAAGAACCUGCCCCUCGAGGAGAUGAACUACCUCUUCACCAACGCCCCCUGGAUCGUCCCCGGCACCGACAAGAGCGUCUACACCGCAAACCUCAACGCUGACCUCGAGAGGCGCGCCGGCGAGAUCCAGGAGAAGUCCAACGUCGCCGGGCACGACGAGCAUGUUGACGAGAAGUAA